AUGUCUUGUCCUAGCGCACCUCCUCCGCCUCCUCUCCCAUGCCCAACAGUGCCCGCCGCCAACCACCAGCCCGAGCCAACACCUCCUACGGUUGCUUUAACCCCCCGAACACCUCCCGACGCGCUCCUCCCCGAACUCAUCACCGCAAACGGCUAUCCCUUCAAGGACCACUGGUCCUACUUUGUGCGCUCGCGCCGGCACCCUGACGUCGGCGUCGUCAUCCACGCGACCGGCGACGUCGCCAACGGGUUCCGCCUCGAGGUGAAGCGCUCCUUUGACCUCGGCGAGCCUGACAACCGGCCUAGCAGGCGCAUCCCGCUGCAGUGGCUGACGGCGGCGCCGCCACCGUCGCAACUCGAUGAGCAGGCGAUGCUGAAUUACGGGCAGCUCAAGUUUGACACGGUGCCGGUCGGCGCGCUCGAGGAGAGCCUGUUCAAGGUCAAGGCGCCAGGCAAGACGCUGAAUACGGUGGGCGUCGAGGGGUCGGUGGGCAAGAGGAUUGUGCAGAGGAACUGUCAGUCGUGGAUCAUUGCGUCGGCGGAGCAGCUCGUCGUCGAUGGCAUGCUGUCGCCAGAUGUAGCAGCAUAUUUGCGGGCUAUCGAGCAGUGA